CCUGUCGUCACCAGUCAGUCAGUCAGUCUCAUUCCAUUAAUCCAAACAGUUAUGCAGCAGUGUAUUGUACAUUUCGUGGCUCUGUUGGCCAUUUUGGCCUCUGCUAUGGCCCUACCGACGAACAGUGCCAAUCGAGAAUCCGACCAAAUUGAAGCAUCGAUCGAAGUGGUUAAGAAUGUUGCCGUGUUCCAAGCUGGAAGCCCGGAACUACGCAAUCAACUUCCAGGAGAAUCCAAGAAAGUAGGUCAACAGCUGAUCUACAGUCUUGGGCAACGCGUUGCAGGUGAUCGCUUGGUGUCCACGAAGGCGGAUAACAAAUCGUGGCCAUCCGUGCAGGACGUAACGCUCAGUCUGUCCUAUCCGCAGUCGGGCGUCGGAGCGGUCGUGACCUACGUGCAGGUGAUUGUGAUGCAGACCACCAAUCUCGGCAAAGGGUACGUUGUGGCCGGUGGAAUCGGUCAGCGGUUCAUCCACAUGGUGAUCGAAGCCUACAGCACCAAUUUCUUCAACUACAGUGUUCAAAUCUAUGGAAUUUGAAGCAAACUCUUUUUCAUCAGUUGCAUUUUUAAACGAUUAAAUAUUCAAGAAACAUAAGAAAUCC